CGUGGGUGAGACUUCCCCCACGCCCUCCCCUCCUGCCGGUGAUGCUGUGCGCAAGUGCGUGACGAAGUCAAGUGGAUUUGCAACCUCUCCUCUUGGUCUAACUCGAGUAUCCCUCCACUCUCCUUCAGUUGUAGUUGUAGGACUUUUCAGGGAGAAAGACUAAAAUCUCAGUAAGCCAUGGAGAAGAUCUUGUUUCUUCUUACUUGCCUUCUCGUUGUCCUGGUGCGUUUAGGCGCCGGUCAGGACCAUUUACGCGCGCCUGUUGGCCCCUGGAGACAGCGCAUUCAGUGGGAGAAUAACGGUCAGGUGUACAGUUUGCUCAGCACUGGGACUCAGUAUCGCUUGCCUUCCCAGAACAGGAGACGCACCCAGAUGUUACUAACAACAAAAAACUAUUUAGACCAAGUCAACCCUCCUGUUGCGCUCAUGAGAGCCACCAGAACCAGGUCUAUGAACCUCCAAGACUCGGAUCACUCUGAGCAAAAUGACCAAAUAGACACGUCGCUUCUCGGAGCAGACGUGCAGUACCUCCUGUCCGCGGAUCGGACCGGCACACACAGUCAGCCCAAUGUGGCUGUGGAUUACCACUCAAGCCAGGCUCCGGCUAACAGUAGCGCUGCUGUUUUCAGCCAGGAGUUUUCCGGCAGCGGAAUCCCCAGAGGAGGCCGGGGUACUGCUGCGGAGGACAGCGGUGCGCAGCAGACCACUGCGCCACCAGCAAGAGCGCAGGAUUUGACGCACGGCCAAAUCGAUAGAAGCUCCCCCGAGGGCUCGGAUUCAGUCCACACAUCUGCUCGGGUCAACCUGGCCAGUGACGGUCGAGUCACCCAGCACACCAGAACGCAAUCCCUGACCAGAGUCACUCCAGAGGUGGAUGAUUCCAGCAACGCUGUUGAGAUUCAGUUCCCUCCUAGGAGUCCAGAUACAACAGGUGCAGGUGAUCCUCGGGAUCCGCACAGCAUCCACCACAGGAACUCGGUUUUCUAUAAUGUUUACCCAGCAGACCGCAGGAACAGGCAGAACGCGCGCAACCCACCCGGCACCGGCCACGGCACCAGGUUCUUCCACAACGGUCUGCCAGACCUAAUCCCUGACCCGUACUACAUCCAAGCAGCCUCGUACAUCCAGAGAGUACAGAUGUAUGCACUUCGCUGUGCAGCUGAGGAGAAUUGCCUUUCCAGGUCUGCAUAUCGUCCGAGCGUGAGUGACCUGGAGUACAGAGUCCUGCUGCGCUUCCCACAGAGAGUGAAGAACCAGGGAACUGCAGACUUCCUCCCAGUCAAACCCAGACAUGAGUGGGAAUGGCACAGCUGUCACCAACAUUACCACAGCAUGGAGGCCUUCAGUAACUACGACCUUCUGGACGUCGCCACUGGACAGAAGGUUGCUGAGGGACACAAAGCCAGCUUCUGUCUGGAGGACACCUCAUGUGACCCGGGAGUACGGCGACGCUUUGCCUGCACUGCUCAUACACAGGGGCUUGGUCCUGGAUGCUAUGAUACAUAUCAUGCUAACAUUGACUGCCAGUGGAUCGAUAUCACUGACGUGCCACCUGGAAAUUACGUUCUGAAGGUGACGGUGAACCCCUCCCAGCUGGUCCAGGAGUCUGACUUCUCCAACAACGAGGUCAGGUGUGACGUCAGAUACACAGGAAGCUACGUCCAGGCAAGAAACUGCAGGAUUGUUGUGAGCUGACCUGCAGAAGACACAGACGUGUGCUUAGUAACCUUUAGUUGUUCUUCAAGUUAAGCUGCUACUGUUUUGAUGCUGUUUCAUUGUUUGCUACUCUAUAAUCUUUGUAUUUAUGACACACUUCCUACCACACAUAUUGGUAGCCCUGGUAAAAAAGUGUCAAAAGACUCAAAAAUAAUUCUUUUAUUGCAGUAGUGUGACCUCACACUGAGAAGUUUAGUAAAAUUCAUCCUUUAAUUUGAGAACAUUUAUUUGAUUUCCUCUCUCCCUUUAAAUUAAAGUAAGUGCUGAAGAUCUUAUUUACCGUCCUUUACAUCAAUUACUAUUCACACUCUGAUCACUGUAAAUCAAUAAGUGAAGCAUUUUAAAAUGCUAUAUAUUACAUUUAUUUUACAGGAAUGGCUUGGUGUAACAAUAAGUGAGGCACUGGUAAAUUUUGCAAACAAUAAUUAGAAAAUUUUAGUUAAUUGGUAAAUCAUGCCCCCUUCUUAAAAAGUGCUCUGGAUUUAUCCUCAUUUUGCUACAGUGACAAAAGAAGAAUGUAUUUAAACACGUUUUAUGAAUCUACUCCAGACUUAUUCAUAUGUGUGCAAGACAAUGUGUUUCCUAGAUUUACAUAAGUGUCAGCUGCAAAGUAAAAAGCCAACUUUGCCUUAUUUCUGUAUUUCAAGUUGUGUGACUUUUUUUCCCUUCUGUCUUUUUUAAUGUAUUUUAUUGCAAUGUUUGCUUUUUUAUGUUUUGGUUUGACCUGGUUUAGCACUUUGAUUGUCACUCGUGUCUUAAAAAGGGCUUUAUAAAUAAAGUUGAGGUGAGUUUUAGUAGACAUUGCCCAGUCUUUUCCACUGUGAGAUUGAGCUGAUAGAACAAUCUUUUGAAUUUUUUUUCUGUCUUACACUAGACGUUUUUCUGGAUUUCUGGUUAAACACAGGGAAGCCAUUCAUGACCAAUUUUGCAGCUGAAUUAUUCCUGCUGAUGAAAACAUGCAAUCACCAAAAACUGAGGAGCAUUUUAAUGUUGGGUGGUUCAUUGCUUGACUCCUCUGAGAAAUAGCUGCAAUUAUUGCACUUUGCAUGUUCGUGUCUGGGAAAUAGCAGGAAAAUAAACACUGCAUCACACCA